AUGGCUUCUUUAAGGCUGGAUUCAUCUACUUCAUCAAUUGCACCCGUUGAACAGCUUCCUUUUGAGGUUCCCAUCAUUGAUGACAAUGAGCCACUCGUUGACGUGGUUCGAAAACUUCAGAAUUAUAUGCUCGUCGCUAUAAAUGACGUUGCAUGCACCUUUGAAGAGCUGAGGUUCUCCCCUCAUGGCCAAAACCUCAGGUUGCUCCUGUACUCCUUGGCUGACAAUUCACACAACCCUUGUAUCAUCUCUGCUUUGAUGAUUUUAAAAUGGCAGUUCAGCAACGAGGCGGAGAACGAUUGGGGUUUGAAUGAAAGCCGAGGAUAUGCCUGCGAAUAUGUCGCGUGGCAGUUUCUCUGCCACAUUGACCAGCGUGAAACCAUUGAGUAUCUCCUUGAGGAACUCAAGAUUCCCAUACAAAGUGGUAUAAAUAUCACGCAAGCGGAGAGAGGCACUUCGGGGUUUGCGUCGGCGGCUGGCGAACCCUUCACGCAAGAGGGUGAAAGGACCCCUUUAUUGUUAAGCUCAUCUUCCUCGCUUUAUCAUUUCUUCGGCGGCAACAGACGUACAGGGAGUUCUCUCGACAUCAAUGAGCCGGGAUCCAACGCGUCUGCAAGCGAUGCAUAUGAGCUUGAGAGAUUGUCGAGGUUUUUUGGACUUAACGCACUGGAGAUUGCAACAAUUGCACACGCAAAAAGGUUCCUCAGUCAGAAAGUGGUUCAGAAAGUGAUAGACAAUAUUUGGAACGGCGAGAUUGUCUUCUGGGACUCUUUGAGCGUGCACUCGAAGAAAAAGCCCCAAUUCUUUAACAAAAGGACGGCAGAUCCAUAUUCACGGCUGAGAGUACCAGUGUACCGGAAGGCCUUCGAAGCUGCCUUCUUUGUCUCAUUCCUGUUUCUCUAUUAUGCUGUCUUAGUGGAGAGGAAGCCUACUGGAAUUGGAUUGUUUGAGACCAUGAUGUACAUCUGGAUUGCUGCUUUCGCAUAUGAUGAAGUUAGCGGGAUGGCUGAUGCGGGAAUGCUCUUCUAUCAGAUGGACUUUUGGAGUGCUUGGAAUAUGGGCAUUAUUGGCACAGGGCUUGCCUUUGUCAUUACCAGUGAGUCAUUUGCGCACCCGUUUCAGAUUCUGACACGAGAGCUGAACAGGAUCUGCUCCCUUGUCAGCCUGAACUCUUAUUUUGGAAGUCUGACCAAAGCGUUUUUUCGAUUCAUCCCGGUGGUUGUAGUGCUGUACCUAGGGUUCUUGACUACAUUCACCAUGCUUGCGCGUGACCGCCUCUCUCUGCGGCAAAUGUCGUGGAUUUUGGUGAAGGUGUUCUUUGGGUUGAUUUUCGUUUCCAUGACCAACUUGUUGUUGAUUUCGUCGUUGGUCAGUUUAAUGAGCAUGAGUCUGGAAGGGGUCAUGGCCCAUGCCCGCGAAGAAUAUCUCUUUCAGCUGUCUAUCUAUGUCCUGGAAAGUAGCAAUUCCCGGCGCUUGACGUACUUCAUGCCCCCCCUGAAUCUCAUCCCCCUCCUCUGUAUCCGCCCCAUGAGGCUCUUUUUACCUGCAGAGCACAUCCGCCGGGUGCGCAUCGUGUUGCUCCGGGCCACCCACCUACCGUUUGUCGCACUGAUCUGGGCCUAUGAAUCUAGCCGCCGCUACGUUUCUCGGAGAAAUAGCCAAUUCCCGCCCACCGCGACAACGACAACAGGGAACAGUCGACCGACGUCUGCCAUCCCGAUGGGGUUCUCUCUCUCCACGCACCAGGCCCCGCUCCAUGCCUCCGCACUCGAAGGGCGUUCGUUGGGAUCCAGCCGGCCCAGGGAACGGUCUAACCCGGGUCAGCAACCCGAGGCGCGCGGACCAAGCUCGGGGCGGCGCGGCCGUGGUGAGACCGCGGAUAUGAUCGACGAGGUGGAACGGUUGCGCACUCAAGUGGAGCGAGUGGCUGCUCGGAUGGCCUUUCACCAGCGAGGCCAGUUAUGA